AUGUCGACAUCACACUUUCGUUUACCUUAUGGUUAUAGUGGCGCACCUCCUUGGCCGUCAUUGUAUUGGCCAUUUGGACCGGGUUUUGAGCCAGUCAAUCUGAUCGCCGAUGUUCCUCAUUCUCUAUAUUAUCUUCAAGGCAUUUGGGCAUUUCUGAUGUUUGCUAAAGCACGGACAUUACGCUGGUACACACUAAUAAUGAUUCCCAUCAUUUUUGUGGUGGCUGGCUCACUCGCAUCCUUUGUCAUUGGAAGCAUAAUUGGUGUUGCUUUAGCGUUUGUUUACAAUGCUGGGUUCUUUGUGAUGUCCACAUGGAUUCCAUUUCUAUGGGCCCUCAUUCAAAUCCUAGUCGUCAUGGUAGGGAGUUAUUCGACCAUCACCACCAUUCUAUGA